AUGCUAGACAAACCUGAGCAGUCGCCAUGCUCCGAAGAUGGCCAUCAAAUCAUGGUGGUCCCGUCUGAGUCGUCUCCCGCAUAUUCAAUGUCAUCUACGCCAUGGCGUGUCCCCGAGCCCGGUGAAGCCCUUUGGAAGAGUCAGUCUUGGGCAGGAGAUAUCCGGGAUCUCGAAGAUAAACUCAAACAACUCCAAGCGAAAUACGAGGCGUACGUCGACUGUGCUCAGAGUUACGUGCUGAUGCAGAUGGGAGAGAUAAAUAGAUUGGGCAAGGAAAUUCAAAGUCUCACUGAGGAACUGGACACCGCGAAGAAGGUCAAUGACAUCGAGAAAAUGCAGCGCCAAAACGCGAUAACGCUUAUUGAUGCCGCUAAGCGGGAACUUGGUAUGCCCCCCAGUAACUACGAUUCCAAGACAUCUUUCAUGAGGGUGUUGGCUACGUUGGGCUUUUCUCGUCGUAAGUAA